GUUUGUUUGUUGUGGAGGUAGUGGAGAGAGCUGAGAAGCCUACUGCAUUUGGAAAUCGGCUCCCCAUCAUGUACCUCUUGCUGCCAUUAUGAGGUUCCCAAAGCUAGCUUUCGUCUUUAUGUUUCUGGUCUGUCUGGUAGUCUACCUCACCUACGUCAAACGCCAUUAUGAUGACUCCAAACCACCAGUAUCUGACCAACUGCCCCAGCAUGGGACGGACAACCAUAAACAGUCGACCUCAGCUCAGGUGGUCAGUGAAAACUUCCAGUAUGGUAUUAUGUUUGAUGCAGGAAGCACUGGAACCCGGAUUCAUAUCUUCAAAUUUCAGAUCGAGCCAAAUGAAGCUCCUAAAUUAGCCCAUGAGACAUUUAGAGCUAUAAAACCUGGACUGUCUGCAUACGCUGAUGACCCAGAAAAGAGUAAGGAAGGACUGUUGGAACUGUUAAAUGUUGCUAAAGACACUGUUCCUGAGACAUUAUGGAGUUCUUCUCCACUUAUGCUCAGAGCCACGGCAGGGCUCAGACUGCUGCCUGGCGAGAAAGCCACAAUCCUGCUGGACAAGGUGAGGGAGGUGUUUAGCGAAUCCUUGUUCCUGUUUAGACCGGACAGUGUGUCAAUCAUGGAUGGCACAGAUGAAGGCAUGUCAGCAUGGAUUACCAUCAACUUUUUAUUAGGUGUUCUUCAUGGUACUGAAGCUCCUAAAGUAGGCAUGCUGGAUUUAGGAGGGGGUUCAACUCAGAUCACCUUUGCUCUACAGGAUGAUAAAACCAUCCAGACCUUACCCAUUGAUUACGUGACAUCGUUUCAGAUGUUCAACAUCAGUCACGCUCUCUACUCAUACAGUUACCUUGGCCUGGGGCUGAUGUCAGCCAGACUUGCUGUGUUAGGAGGGAUUGAAGGACAGCCUUUACCAGGACCCCGAGAACUGGUCAGUCCAUGUCUCGCCCCAGAUUACUCUGGACAGUGGGAGCAUGCUGAAGUACUCUACACUGUUAAAGGGCAGAAAUCAGGGGAGCCCAUCUAUGAGACUUGCCUUACAAAAGUGGAAAAGAUUAUCUACAAACGUGUGAGAAAAAUUGAGGAAGGGAAAGACAUGGACUUCUAUGCAUUCUCCUAUUACUAUGACAGGGCUGUGGAUCUGGGCCUCAUUGAUGAAAGUGCAGGGGGGUCUGUCAGAGUCAAUGAUUAUAUUGAAGGUGCUAAAAAAGUGUGCAAUAACAUGGCAGCUGGAGGAAUAAAGGAGAGUCCAUUCCUGUGUUUGGAUCUGACCUACAUCUCGGUACUUCUUCAGGAGCUUGACUUCCCUCCUGAUAAAGAGCUGAAGCUGGCAAGGCAAAUAAAUAACGUGGAGACUAGCUGGGCCCUCGGUGCCACUUUCCAUUGCAUAGAGUCACUCCGUAAGCAUGGGACGUGCUGAAAACAUAGACACUCGCAAUGUUUGUUCCCAGCAAAGCACUGACUGAUUUGAAUGCUCUAGGAAAAAUAUCAACAUUGAUUGUAUUUGCCAUUUUGUCAUUGAAUUUGUUUACAAUGUUUUUAUGCAUACCUCUGACUUUCAGAAUAUUUUUGUUUUCCUGCUAGUAUGUUAAGCUAUGAGUGAAGGUAAAAUGUUUGUACUGGUUUGGGUGUUUUCAGCAUGUCAGAAUUGUUUCAGUCAGGGUACAUUAUAUAAAACUGAUCAAAAACACUUGAUUGCCUCAAGCUCAAUCAAGUUAUUUCAUUUUUACUUUAUAUUUAAUUAUUCUCUAGCUUCUAGUUUGAUUUAAUAUAUUACCCAGUAUGUUCAAACAAAUCAUGUACUUAUUAUUAUAUAUUAUCUUCUCUCAAAUGGAAGAAAAACAGACCAUAGCUGUUGCUGUCAUGUUCAUGUACUUUUCUCCUGUAGUUAUAAACUAAAUGUGCCUAUUAUUAAACAUAGGAACUAUGUUUAUAUAAAAUGCCAUAUAAAUAUAAUCUUUAAAAAAAA